AUGAAGUCACUUUCAGGUUUAGAAAGGUACUUUUAUAGUAGAAGCCAUUUACAGUACCACUCAUGUUUCUUUCUGGCGAUUAAGUUGAAUAAUGAGGUCUCCAUCAGUUUGAUCAAUGCUGCGCUGAGACAAACCAUAGCAAGAUUUCCACAAUUGUAUUCCAAUGUUCACGAGGUCGAUGGAGCUUUAGCCCUAAAACCCCUCAAGCAUCCUAUUUUGUCGAAAGACGUGCUACAAGAAGCUUCGUUUGCUUCUUUGAAUGAAGACAGCGUCAAUAGUAUAUUUCAAAAAAUCAACUUUCCGUAUCAUGUGGAAAGACCUCUCUGGAAAAUUCUAUUGCUUCAGGAUCGACGUACACUGGUGCUAUGUGCGGAUCAUGUUAUCAUGGAUGGUCUCUCCACUGUUGCAUUCUGGAGGACAUUUCUAUCCAACCUGAAUUCGCCUCAGAAACAGGACAACAGCACCACGGUGCUCUACAGACCUAAUGGUGACGAAGCCGAGGUUCCCCAACAUCCUUACGACCUUAUACGCUACUCCUUUGUGGGUUUACUUAUGGUCGCUUUCGUUAGAACGCUGGUCUUGUUGACUUACUUCGGGAUUGAUACCAUUGGCAAGAUAUUUUCUCCUGAAUUGACAGACAAAGACUUUAAGUUCCCUAGAUACCAAUUUCCCAGAGGGCUCUUAACCAGUGGCGGUGAAGUGCGGAAUGAUAAUUGUCAAUUUAACCUCCAUAUUCCGGCUUCAAAAAUGCCACAGCUUUUAAGCCAGUGCAAGGUACGGACGGUGUCAUUGACCUCCUUGCUAGUGGCAGCAAUUGCACAUGCACUAGCCCGUGUGCCUCCAUCCGAGAUUCAGGGCACUCAGCUUAAGAUAGCGAUCCCCAUAAAUACCAGAUCCUUCGUCGAGAAAGCCACCGGUCUCGAUCCUCAUCUCAUUGAAUUCGGCAACUUUAUCAAGGGCGCUGAAAUUUCUUGCGACACAGAUCUACUGGUCAACUUAUGGCAGACGGCCGUUGCGGUUGGCUCCCAGCUCACGGCUCAAAGACACGACGUCCGCUCACUGCAACUCAUUAAGCUUAUGGAAUUCAUUGAUGUUGAAAAAUUCAUUCAAACAAAGGCCAGCGCCAAGUAUCCGGGCUCAACUUUCGAGAUUACCAAUAUUGGUUUUGAAACCUUCGGCUGUGGCCAAGAUGACAAAUAUUGGGUUGAAGAUGCGUAUUUUAAUCAGCCUCAAGGGUUCAGCAAUUUUAUAACCUGUUCUACGGUGACUACCCCCGUAGGGGGGCUCAAUUGUUGCUUUAGCUAUCCGAGAGACCUCGAAAAUGAGCUGGGACCGGUCAUGGAUGCAUUACAAACGACAUUGAACUCGCUUGCAGAUGGAGAUGAGCUCAGCUAG